AUGACUAUCAAGACUGUACAGACUUUCUCAGGAUCAGAAACGAAUGUACCUCCAUGGAUCAAAACCAUCAAGGAAUGUUCGAUGGACGAUGAUGAUAUCGAUAGAUACGCGGAAAACAUGACGAAUCGGCAGUUUAUUGCUAAUGUGAACAAAGAUGAUGAAGAGUUGACGGAAGUACUUCAAUGGUCUAAUUCGUUGAUCAACUCAUUACCUUUCCGCAAAUAUGACGAAAAAGAAGGAGAGGAAGAUGAUGAGCGUGUUCAUCGCUUAUCCGAAUUCGAACUGAUUUGUGAGACUAAGCCAAAGCCUGGAAGUCGUAAUUAUACGAAUGGCUCCUACUCCUUCGAGGUCCGCAUCAACCAAGAUCAGUCCUCGAGUAAUAAAACAGAUGAUUCCGAAGGGUAUUGGAGAUCGAACAGGAUAUACAUAAAAGACAAUAGAUUGUUGUAA